AUGGAGCCACGCGCUCGAGCUGGCCGGCAUAAGACCAGCCUCAACUUCGGCCCCGAACUCUCUGCUCUCCUCUACGCCUACGGCGCACCGACACAUCCCGACAUCGUGUCGCCCCUCGGCUCGGCCUCAUCCAAAUACCUGACCUCUCUACCUACGCCCAACACCACCAGCGCCCCUACGCCCUUCAACCAGCCCUUUCCCGAGACCCUCCGGGUUCUCGACGAGAUCCUCACCGACUUCAUCAUCGAAACGUGCCACAAUGCCGUCAGUGUCGCCACGUACUCUGGCCGCACCAAGUUGAAGCUGAGCGAUUUUGAGUUCGUGCUGCGCAAGGACAGCAUCAAGCUCGGCCGUGUGCAGGAAAUGUUCAAGAAGAAACGCGACAUAGACAACAAGAAGAAGUUGUUUGACACGAACGAGGGCCGCGAGGGGAACAAGCUGGGUGUAGGGGACCUGAUGAACCUGGGCGAAGUCGUGGGCGAAGAAGGCACGGGCAAGGGGAAAGGUCGAGGGCGUGGACGGCGGAAGAAGCGCGACCGUGAGGAAGAUGUCACUGGAGCUGGGGCACCAGUGGGAGGCGUGGGCGUGGACGGCACUGUGGAGGAUGAUCUCGAUGAGCCUGCCAGUAAAAGAGCCAGGAGUGAGGUCGGUUGA